CGUGCCGGUCGACAAGCAUGAGCAAGGGACCCGCGACUUCGCACAACCUCCGCACGAUUGUUCAGCAUAACCUUUUGGACAAGAUGAUCAAGCAGACGAGCUUGGCUUCCCAUGGAUGGGUCGUCCUCGUCCUCGACGACACGACGACCCACUUGGCCAACACCGUCAUUCGAAUGACAGACUUGACCGAGCGCGGCGUGUCCAUCGUCGAGCGAUUGGAACUUGCACGCCAACCGUUUCCAGAGAUGGCGGUAAUCUACUUCAUUUCUCCUACCGCGACCUCCCUCGACAAGGUCGUCGCGGACUUCUCCAAGCCAGACUCUCCCAUGUACGGCGCCGUCCAUUUGUACUUCAACUCCCACCUCGACGAUGCCGUGUUGACCAAGCUCAAGACAAGUUCAGCACUUUUAUCCCGUGUCAAGACGUUGAAAGAAGUCAACUUGGACUUCCUCGCUAUCGAGCAAGCCGCGUUCUCGCUCGAUAUGCCGACCGCCAUGCACACUUUGUACUCGCCACUGUCGAAUCCGUCGACGUUAGACACGAUGCUGCAAUCGAUCAGCGCCAAACUCGUCACGCUCUGUGCGACACUUGACGAGUACCCGUACGUCCGCUUCCGCGCUGGGCAGCACAAGAUGGAAACACUCGCCCGCCUCUUUCAAGCCAAAAUGAACGACUAUGUUGCGAGCAACUCGGCAUUUGCUUACUGUCCCCAGCGGUCGACGCUGCUCUUCAUGGAGCGAUCGCAAGACCAAAUGUCACCGCUCAUGCAUGAAUGCACUUAUCAAGCGAUGGUUUAUGACCUCUUGGACGGCAACGGCCUCGACGGCGACGCGAUCUCGUUUCCCGCCGACACCGCCAACGGCACCAUCACGAAGCAAGCCCUCUUGAACGAGAACGAUCCGCUGUGGUGUGAACUGCGCCACACGCACAUUGCCGAAGUAAGUCAAGACAUUGGCCAGCGCAUGGCGGCGUUGUCUGCAUCAAACGCCGGCACCUCGUUGACAGGCAAAGGCGGCAAGGCUCCGGACGUGGCGCAGCUCGCCGCGGCCCUUCGGGAACUGCCCGAGUUCCGUGACACACUCAGCAAAUUGUCGCAGCAUUUGUACUUGGCUGGAAAGACUCUGGAUGCGUUCACAAAGACGGAUUUGCUGGGGGUGUCGACGCUGGAACAGAGCAUGGCGACGGGGGUGGAUGAAACGGGGAAGAAGAUCAAACUGCCCAAGGUGAUGAAGGACAUGGAAGAUCUCCUGCGCGACCCAAAGAUUCCCAACUCGGACAAGGCGCGCCUCCUCGCGAUCUUUGUCAUUACGAACGAUGCUGUUAAAGACGUCGAACGCAAGAAGUUGUUUCAGUUGGCCAACCUCCCCGCCAUCACGGACAAAGCACUCCAAAACAUGAAGUACCUAGGUGUGUUUAUGUCCAAGAUCUCGGUCGUGUCCAAUGCCGCGGGCCAUGCUCUCACGAGCGACGACUUGACCACGGCCGCCAAGAAAGCGUCGUCGUCCGAGUACGCCACGUCUCGGUACGAGCCUAAGUUGAAAGGCUGGAUGGACAAGAUUCUCAAGAAGUCGCUGGACGCGACGGAAUUCCCGUACGUGAUCAGUCCCCCGCCGGGGUCAAACUCGCCGACGUCCAAGAAAGAGCCCGUCUCGAUGCGCAAGAAAGUGGCCGCAAAGUUUACCAAAGGCAGCGAUUCGCCGACGGGAGGCAAGGACGCAUUUGUGGGCGAGAAAUUGCUUGUGUUUGUGGUGGGGGGCGCGACGUAUUCGGAGCUGCGCAGUGUGUACGAGCUGCGUGAGGCCGAAAAACGCGGCAUCGUCCUUGGGGCGACGUCGUUCUUGCGCCCCAAGACGUUCCUCGACAACCUCGUGACGAUGGAAGACCCGGCGCCAGUCGUCGACCAAGCAACGAGCGCAGCGCCGAUCCAUCCCUCCGAUGUCAAGCUCGACGAGAUUAAGCUGAGUCCGUCCAAAUCGGACGUUGCGCACCACUGACGUCGACACAGUCCACAGUGCCGCCGUAACCCAUGAAUAUAAUCUAUUAACCACA